CAACCCUUUUCUUUUCUUGGCUCUGCAUAUCAUAAAUGCCCCCUCAUCCCAUGCUCUCGCGACUCGUCGCAUUCCAAUUUCCAAGCAUUAGUGUUCACGAGAUUUUCGACCUACCUUCCCUUCGAGAAACUGCAACAAUUCAGGGCGCGGAGGGGUGCGUCGCGCAUGACUCCUCCAUCCUUCUUCUCUUCCCUUCGUUUUCCAUCCUUCUAAAGCUACAUGUGUUGUAAUUGAAGAGUAUUUGGGACACAUCGCGGAGCCUCGGGAUUAGGCUCAAUUAGCACGCUGGGGAAGGAGCGACCGACCAUGGCAGACGACCCUUUCGUAACAUCCAGCGCGACACAGCAACCCCACAUCUACCGCCCUAUACCGCGACGGAACUUCUCCGCGAACACAGACUCGACCGACUCGCCCAGCGAUCCGUUUGCGCCGUCUACUCCUCCUCUACACGAUUCGAACAACCGCUCGUCGGACUUCCUCACCCAGCUCAACGCGAGGCUACUACGGACAUACAAUGCGCGCAAUGGGAGUAUACAAGAGAGCAGCUCCGUGGAGGGAGGACAGCCUCCGCCACGCAAUAAGAGCUUUCUAGAUAUGACGAGAAGCACGCUAUUUGGGAUAUACGACGAGGAAAGUGGCACAACAGGGGACAGGAGCGUUGCGGAGACGCCAUGGGGCACGGGCGCCGAGACACCAGGACGAAGCUCUUGCGACGCCGGCAUGUGGGGUAAUGGGAUGGGGAGUCCGGACGCAGGUCUCGCAAUGAAGAGCCGCUCGCGGCAACCAACGAUGAACGGCCGCGGACCUCGAUCGUCGACGGCGAUGCAAUCACCGAAACCGGCGAGACAAGGAGCGUGGAAAUACACGGUAAUGAUGGGGAAGCUGGCUGCGCUGUUCCUGUUCGGAGUAAUCUAUGGCGUUAUUGUGAGCCAUCUACACGACACGAGAGAGCUGGCGGCCGUCAGGGUCGGCGGUGUAGAUCGCGAGAGCUGGAUAUACCUCGCCAGUUGGGGGCUUGCGGGCGUCAUGCUUGGGAGUCUACUACCCUACGUCGAUCUCGUGUGGGACGGGCACAGAUCAGACAGCCAGCGGAAACAGGCUCAGACGGAGAAAGAGAACCCACCAAGCCUCAGCGAGCACUGGAACGAUGUGGUCCGGAGUGUGGGCGCUUUUGUAGGGAUUGCGUUCGCGAUCCGCCGCCUACCUUGGCAAUCCACCCUCCAGCUCACCGUCACCCUCGCGCUCGUCAAUCCCGCUCUCUGGUAUAUCCUGGAUCGCAGCAAGCCCGGCCUAUCCUUCUCGCUCAUCGUAACCUCCAUCCUGACCUCAUUCAUCUUCCUCUCCAACCCCGACGUCCUCCCUUCACCCUCAUUACCAGCCACCACCAAUGCCACCCACUCACCCUCCCCCAACACACAAACACCGGUAGAUGCGGAAUUGUUCGCAGGCAUGGUCAGCUAUGAGACCCUGGCCAUUGUGACAUGGGUAGGCAGUGUGUUAUUCUGCAGUUGUGUAUGCUUCGGGAGUAUUGGGCGGCGGUUGGCGGUCUGGGAGAGGUGAUGUUAUACUAUUGGUUUGGAUAAACCUUUUACUCUCUUUAUGUGGCAUUAUGAGCGGCCUCGAAGAGGCUUAGCGUGUAUUUUGUGCUGUACCGGUCAGGGCAAAAAAAAAAGGUUCUGGGUUCUAAAAUGUGACCUUGACGCGGGUUCAGCGCAUGGGCUUCCCUUGCGGACUGCAUUUCUAGAGCUUUUUAAUGCACGAGCACAUUGUUCUUCUUUUCUAGUUCGCUACUCAUUUCUCUCUCUGAAGUGCUUAUAAUCGUUGUUCUUCCGGCUAAUUCCAUAAUUCGAUGCUGUUGCUCUAGGGGAGCUCCUUCCUCGCCUUUGCCCUGUUAAUGAAGCACACACCUGCACCUUCCUCUUCCCCUGUCCCUUUGCAUCCUCCUUCUCGACUUCCCUCCUACACAGAUACGC